GAGAGGGCGCCCCCUAUCGUCAAAGAAGGGACCACAUCCAAACAGAUCACAUGACUACAUGUAUCACCUGAUUCUGGUGGUCCACCCUGUGUUGUGUCCACGGAAGCUAAACUGGACGAUAUUGGAACACGAAUUAUUCAAUAUACUAUAUUCACGUGCUUAUGUGGCUGCGAAAAACGUAUAAUGUCCAUAUUUCCUGUAAGCUGAGAGGACAGCGGAGAGAGAAUUACCAUAGCGAGCCGUUAAACGGUGGACUUUAUUGUAGCUAGCUAGCUCCCUAGCUUGCUUCAUAGACAUGUCGUCGGAUUGACAACAGGCUGGUCAUUCAUCCUGGUUUAUCUGAGCUAGUUUUUGUUUCUAUUUUGCUUUGUUCGUUUUACGAUUGAUCAUGGCUUCAAUUCUCGAUGAGUACGAGGACUCUCAAAACAUUAGGCAAAGUUCGCAGCAGCAUAGCCGCUUGUCUCCGGCCAACAUCGGGAUCACGCACUCAGGCUUUGUGAAUGUAAGACUCGAGGAGGAGAAGCCAAUAUUUAACAAACAGAGGAUCGAUUUCACUCCACCCGAGAAGAUAAAUCAUCUGUGUGUCUGCAACAAUCAGCUAUGCAUGAGUCUGGGAAAGGACACCUUAUUGAGAAUUGACCUGGCCAAACCGGAUCAACCCAAUCAAACUGAAUUGGGAAGAAAAGAGGACAGCAAAGUGCACAAGCUAUUCUUGGAUCCCACUGGCUCCCAUCUGCUUAUCAGCCUGAGCACCAGGGAGUGCCUGUACCUCAAUAGGAACACCCAGAAGGUGCGCAGUUUGUCCCGCUGGAGGGGCCACCUCAUUGAGAGCGUGGGCUGGAACAAGCUGCUGGGCAACGAGACCAGCACAGGACCCAUCCUGGUCGGCAUUAGUCAAGGCAUCAUCUUUGAGGCUGAGAUCUCUGCAAAUGAGGGCAGCCUGUUCAACACAAAUCCAGAUCAGUACUUCAGACAGGUCCACUCCCUGGAGGAGGAUGGCAAACCUGCACCAGUUUGCUGCUUGGAGAUAGAACGAGGCCUGGAAAACAAGUAUUUUAUCAUAGCCACCACCCGCAAACGCCUCUUCCAGUUUGUGGGUAAGGUGCCCGAAGGCUCGGAGCAGCAAGGCUUCAGCUCCAUCUUCAACCAGAACCAGGACCUGCUGCCCAGCUUUCAAGAGUUUCCAGCCAACAUGGGAUACAGUGAGAUCACCUUCUACACUUCAAAGCUUCGUACCUCCCCAAAGGCAUUUGCCUGGAUGAUGGGUAAUGGAGUUCUUUAUGGUCAGCUGGACUACGUCAGACCCGAUUCUCUGCUGAGUGAUGUGCAGGUAUGGGAGUACACUUCGGACAUUGACCUAAGCCUCAACAGACCCAUCUCCAUAGUGUUGACACAGUUCCACUUCCUGCUCCUGCUUCAUGACCGUGUCAAGGCCAUCUGCACUCUGAACGGACAGGUGGUAUACGAGGACGUGUUCCCAGAUAAAUUUGGCACCCUGAAGAGGAUGAUCAAAGAUCCAGUGGGCGGGUUGGUGUGGAUUUAUACUGAGCGGGCGGUUUUCAGAUAUCACAUUCAGCGCGAGGCCAGGGACGUCUGGCAGAUGUACAUGAGCAUGAACAAGUUUGACCUAGCCAAAGAGUACUGCCGUGAUCGUCCCGAGUGCAUGGACAUGGUGCUGGCCAAAGAGGCUGAGCACUGCUUCCAGAAUAAGCGAUACCUGGAGAGCGCCAAGUGCUACGCGCUGACACAGAACUACUUUGAAGAGAUUGCACUCAAGUUCAUCGAGGCCAAACAAGAGGAUGCUUUAAAGGAGUUUUUGUUGAAGAAGCUGAAUAAUCUGAAACAGAGCGAGAGAACACAGAUCACCUUACUGGUAACCUGGUUAGCAGAGCUCUACCUGAACCGCCUUGGGCAGCUGGAGAGCGACGGCAACAGCCUCAUCUUCCAGGAGACUCGUACCGAGUUCCGCCAGUUCAUGAGCAGCUCCAAGCACAAGGAGUGCCUGUUCAACAACCGCAGCACCAUCUACGACCUGCUGGCCAGCCACGGCAACGUGGACGACAUGGUUUACUUCUCAGUCGUCAUGCAGGACUAUGAGAGGGUGGUAUCUCACUACUGCCAGCAUGACAACUACAGCGAUGCACUGGAAGUGCUCGCCAAGCACUGUGAUGAAAAGCUCUUCUACAAGUUCUCCCCCGUCCUCAUGCAGCAUAUUCCCAAAAACGUGGUGGACGCGUGGAUUCAGAUGGGCAACAGGCUGGAUCCUAAGAAGCUCAUCCCAGCUCUAAUGAACUACAGCCAGAUGGGCAGCACCCAGCAGAUCAGCGAAACCAUCCGCUACAUGGAGUUCUGCGUGUAUGAGCUGAACGUGACAGAGGAGGCCAUCCAUAACUACCUGCUGUCGCUUUAUGCAAAGUACAAGCCAGACUCUCUGCUGUGGUACCUGGAGCAGGCAGGCACCCACGCCUCAGAGAUCCACUAUGACCUGAAGUACGCGCUCAGGCUCUGUGCAGAGCACGGCUACCUGCAAGCCUGCGUACUGGUUUACAGGAUUAUGGAACUGUAUGAAGAGGCAGUAGAUCUUGCUUUACAAGUUGAUGUUGACCUUGCCAAGUCAUGUGCCGACCUGCCGGAGGAUGACGAGGAAAUGAGGAAAAAGCUUUGGCUGAAGAUUGCCAGACAUGUGGUGCAGGAGGAGAAAGAUGUAAAGAAAGCCAUGAACUGUCUGUCCAGCUGUGACCUGCUGAAGAUAGAAGAUAUUCUGCCGUUUUUCCCAGACUUUGUUACCAUCGACCACUUUAAGGAGGCCAUCUGCAGUUCUUUGGAAGAGUACAACCAGCACAUUGAAGAGCUGAAGCAAGAAAUGGAGGAGGCCACAGAGAGUGCUAAACGAAUCAGGGAGGACAUCCAGGAAAUGAGGAACAAAUACGGUGUUGUGGAUUCCCAAGAAAAGUGUGCUGCUUGCGACUUCCCACUGCUUAACCGGCCUUUCUAUCUGUUCUUGUGUGGCCACAUGUUCCACUAUGACUGCCUGUUCCAGGAAGUGACACCGCACUUGUCCUCAUACAAACAGAGUCGUCUGGAAGAUCUACAGAAAAAGCUGGCUUCAACAGCACAAUCCUCCAAAUCACGCCACCGCACGGCACAGAAAGAAGAGGGAGACUCUUCCAGUCUGGGAAAGGGCAGUGCUGGCACAACCCGCGAACAAAUCAUAUCUGACAUCGAUGACAUCAUCGCAUCGGAGUGCGCGUACUGUGGGGAGCUGAUGAUCAAAUCCAUCGACAAGCCUUUCAUCGAUCCACAGAAAUUUGAGGAGGAGAAAUCCAGCUGGCUUUGAAUAAGUAGCUCUCUAUGCUUUUGGUGUAAAACAAACAGCUGCCUACCAUUUCUUUGUGUGUUCGACUAACCCCCUCGGGUGGAAAGGGACUUCACCCGAUUGCCUGUUGGUAGGCCUACUGCUGUAUUCUUCAGUUUGCUGCAGCUCGCCGUGCCAGUAGUGUUUAAAGCUGCUGGAAAGAUCUUUGCACUGUGUAUGACAGUACUGAGUUGAGAAUGGACUUGAAUACUCACUGUAAGCAAUGAUCUGUUACAAUACAGUCAUCUCCAACAUUCCCUGGUUCGUACACGACAUAAAUGUGCCUGAAUGUCUAAAAAAAAAACUACACAAAAUGGUAGAUCUCCACCAUCCCUGUUUUAUCUUUUUGCUGCGUUAGCUGUUAAGUGUUCAGUCUCACGCGCUGUGUUUAUUUAACAGUCUGACAGGUGAACUUCAAAACUAUUAUUUCAUAUUAAAUACAUUUAAGCGCAUCACCUUUUGGAGAGAUUGUUGUAUUUAAAAAUUUGUUAAAUAAAUAUUUAACAAAUAAUUGUCCCUCGGAGCUGUCUUGCAUUUAGUCUUUGUGUGCAAAAGGAUUCUCCAAUACAUCAACAGUUCUUAUUCAACGGAAUAAGAACAGUAAGAGAAAGUAAUUCACUGAUGGUUUUGAAGUUUGAGAUUAUUUCAGGCCACUGAGAAGGAAGCCAUCAUUGCUACUCCAACUAAAUGCACUAAUGCUUUACAGUUAAAACUCUGCUAAUAAUUACAUCAUAAGCAGCCAUGAAUGUUAAUAAAUGCUUAUUAUUA